UCCAUCCGCACCGCACGAGAGCAUCCAAAAGCCCUAAACCUUUGCCCCCAUUCCCCCACCCAUGGGCGCCGACCGCCUCCUCCACCUCGUCCGCGCGCCGGCGGCCGCCCCCGCGGGUCCCCUCCGCGGCCACCCCCAGCCCCACAGCCGGGUCCGCCUCCCCGCGACGCCCGCCGCCGGGAUGCGCCGCGUCGCCGUCUCCUGCUCCGGCUCGGGCUCCGGCUCCGGCCCCGCCGACGAGGAAGGCAUGACCUACAAGGGCGCCGGCGUGGACAUCGACGCCGGCACCGAGCUCGUCCGCCGCAUCCGCAAGCUGGCCCCCGGGAUUGGCGGCUUCGGCGGCCUCUACCCCCACGGGGAUGAGUACCUUGUGGCUGGUACUGAUGGAGUUGGGACGAAGCUGAAGCUCGCGUUUGAGACCGGUAUUCAUGAUACCAUCGGGAUUGACCUGGUUGCUAUGAGUGUCAAUGACAUUGUAACUUCGGGUGCGAAGCCAUUGUUCUUCCUAGAUUACUAUGCUACGAGCAAGCUCGAUGUGGACCUUGCAGAGAAGGUUAUCAAGGGAAUUGUGGAUGGAUGCCAGCAAUCAAAUUGUAUUCUCCUAGGAGGAGAGACCGCAGAGAUGCCUGAUUUCUACAAGGAAGGUGAAUAUGAUCUGAGUGGUUUUGCUGUGGGUGCCGUAAAGAAGGAUAAGGUCAUUGACGGUAAAAGCAUUGUGGAGGGGGAUGUCCUGAUUGGCCUUCCUUCCAGUGGGGUUCAUUCGAACGGGUUCUCUCUCGCUAGGAGAGUACUGGACAAAAGUGGACUCUCCUUGACUGAUCCUCUCCCAAGAAAUGAUGGUGUAACAACUACUGUUGGUGAAGCUCUCAUGGCACCAACUGUCAUCUAUGUCAAGCAGGUACUUGACAUUAUCAGCAAGGGUGGUGUAAAAGGGCUAGCCCAUAUUACUGGUGGUGGCUUUACUGAUAAUAUCCCAAGAGUAUUUCCUAAAGGACUUGGGGCGAAAAUUGUCACCGGGUCAUGGCAAGUGCUGCCUGUGUUCGAGUGGCUUCAACAGGUCGGCAAAAUUGAAGACGCAGAGAUGCUGCGAACGUUCAACAUGGGCGUCGGGAUGGUCCUUGUAGUAAGCAAAGACGCGGCGGACAGAAUCCUCGAAGAGUCGAGCCCUGCUUACCGCAUCGGAGAGGUGAUCCAGGGCGAGGGGGUUCAGUACGUCUGAGAGCUUACGCAAACAUUCAAACUUCUAAUGGGUGAGAAUUGUUUAGCUGAUGGGCAAAGUAGCCCAGUUUUUCUGUAACCCCGUAAUCUUACGGGGCUAAGUACGUCGGGAGUAAAAGUAGUUUACUCCAGUGAGAUUUGACAAAAAACGGGAAUAAUGUUUCUGGGUUGGUGACAACUCGCUGCAAACAGCUGGUGUUGCCAUCCUGAACAUCACUUCACGGUUGAUGUGAAUGCCUCCAGUGUGCUGAAUUUUCUUGAGAAAUCAUAUCUAUAAAUUA